UUGUGUUUAUUAAAGUGGCGUUACCAUGAAUAGAGUGAAUGUGUCAUAUUACGUUUUCUGCAUCUCUUUCAUCUGAACUGGGAUAAUUAUGUCUGACACGGUCGCUGUUUGGGAAGUACCGCUCAGCGACAAGAUCCACAAAGUGGAAUUUGAGCAUGGGACAACAACGGGCAAACGAGUCGUGAAGGUUGACGGCGAGGAGGUCGCACGCCAUGACUGGAUGUUCAAAUUGGUCGGCACCGAAACGUUUGAAAUUGGGAGUGCCAAAUGCAUUAUUACCAUACGUGCCGUGAGCGGGUUCACCUACCAGUACUCCCUUUCCGUCAACGGCAAACAAUUGUCAAAGUUCAGAGAACGUCAGUCAAAGAUAUUAAAUACGUGGGUUGUAAAUGUACUGGAUGAACCGACAAGAAUUGUUCUGGAAAAGGACACGCUCGAUGUUUACAUAAAUGGUGAUGUGGCAGAAACUGUGUCGGAGUUCGUGGACGACGGAAUGGAAAUUAACUUUUCCAUCGGCCCUUAUGAAGCAUGUAUCAAGGCUGUGAGCAGUGGAAGCAAGAGAGAGGGAAUUCUGCACACGCUCAUUGUCGAUGGGCAGGUAAUACCUGAAAGUAGCGACGUAGUGAGGGUGUAGAAAGGAAAAUAAUCAAAGAAGCAACAAAAAAGCAACUACAGGUUUUCCUGGCAAUUUUAAUCCAAGCGCCAUCGAAAUUAAUCCACGUGCCAUGCAAACUUUGUGGGGACACGGAUUAAUUUAGCUGGCACUCGGAUUAAAAUUGCCGGGAAAACCUGUAGAUCAGUGCAAGGUACUGUAGGAACACAGAGUGAUAGUGCAGGGAUCUUAUGCGUUGAUGCAGAGGUUCAUGUGUGCAUUGUUUAUAGGGGAACAGUUCAGAUAUGAUGUUUAGCGUUAGUUUCUCCUGGCUAGCAGCGUUGCAGCAACAGCCAUGCUUAGGGACCAUCUUAAGAUUUUUUUCAGGCUCUCUGUUCCUUACUUAUGACCUUGCUCGAGUUUGGACCUGUGCCAUUUGAUGACUGGACCAUGAAUGUUUAGGCAAAUAUCUGUAUUUUCCUCUUGUCUACUAUCGUGCCCUUGUAUUAAUAAUCAUGCCUCAGAGAAUACUGGUUUUUAUGUGUAAGAUUUAUGUUACGUUUGAUGGAAGGACUAUCUGGAACAUCAUGAAAGUGGGGUAGACCAAGAGAGACAGGGAAGGUCUUUGUCUUUCCCAGUUUCACAAUCUCAUGUUCAUGAUGUGUCGGUCACAUGACACGUAAUUUCUGCAUCAGACCAGCCUCCUUACGGCUGCAAAGCCUAGUAGAAGGCAAUCUGUUCAUUCUCUGUCAUGUUUCCACACUGACAUCUUCUACUAACUAAACUGACAGAUUAUCUAAAAUUUGGCUUGCCCUCGACACACCAAGCGAUAGAAAUACAUGCCUGUAUUGUCAGCUGUGUGUUUACACUUAGCAGUUUGUAAGAAAGCCACGAGAAAUUAAGGUAUUUCACUGUCCACCGAGCCACUGACUUCUGGAAAAAUUAAAUGAUCUUGUAUUCAAUAUCUGAAUGCAUUGUAUCUCCUCCCUACCGUAAUCUCAUACGUGAAGUCUUCGGGGUUAGGUAGAACAGCUCAAAUGAUAUAUUAGAAUUGGUAUUUCAGUGAAAAUUAGCAAUCGCUGUGUAUGGAUAGCCUGUCUUGUUGUGAACUUGUGCAGAUAUUUCUAUGCCCUCAUGAGCCCUGGUUGUGUAUUGAUGGUAUCUCCAUGAAUGCAGUCAAUUCUGUUUAUAAGAGCUGUACUAAAUGUUUCAAAGACAUUAUCUAUAAGGCCCCUGGUUUUCCGCUGCAGCAAAUUCAAAAUUCCGCAGCUCCGACUCGUGUAAAUUCUGCGAUUUUCCGCGGCAAGCAGUCAGUGGCUACUUAAAGUGGGGAAACACUUUAUUUUCUUGGGUAAUGUGGGAACACAAAAAAUAUUUUAUAAAAUGACAUAUUUGAAGCACUGUUGUGGCUCAGCAUUACAUACAUGAUAUUUUGUGUUCUCCUCCGACAAAGACAGAGGUCUGUCGCCCGCAAUCAUUUUAUACCUGCCAGAAGAUCUCUCGGCAUCUACAGAGUUUAUAGGAACUCUAUAGGAAGGAGCUUACAAUACACGCCCUGUGGAGGUUACAUCUUUAGGACACCCUUUUUUGUUUCUGGGCUACAUGGCAUUAUUUAGGAGUCUCUAAAGGCAAACUCCCAAACAUCCAAUCAAAAUCUUCCGCUGCCACGGCUAAACAGCACACGGGAGGGACACCGCCCCUUCCUCAGGUGAAGUAUGCACAGUAAACUUGGGCGAACGUUAUCUUA